AUGAAGCAUGCUACAGACGAGUUUCUUCGUCCCGCUCUUCGGAGGGCUGAUCGUACAAUGUCGGGUUCUCUGCAGCAAAACAUUCCAUAUAAGCAGAAUCAGUGUCCAAUACGAGUGAUUGGCAGAGCCAGAGCAAGGGUAUCCUCCACGCAAGGCGAGGAGCAGGACGAGGAGGCGGCGGAGGCUGCGGCGCGCGCCGUGAUGGACGCCAUGGAGAUGGCGCGUGGCAAGGGGCUGCUGCCAUCGCCCACCGAGCUCCACCUGGACACGGCCAAGACGUGCGCCACUCUGCCGCCGCUGCGCUGGCACCACUGGGGACACCAGCCCCACAAGAUGAGGCUCACAAACACCGGCUGCACAGUGAUGGUGAGUGCUAAGUGGCGAGCGAAGGUGCGGGCCCAUUUGACCGGCGGCCCCCUGCUGGGCCGCUACGUGUUCUCCCAGCUGCACUUCCACUGGGGACAGCAGGACACGGAGGGCAGCGAGCACACGCUGCAGGGCGACAGUUUCCCACUGGAGAUGCAUAUGGUGCUCUUCAAGAGUCGCUACCUCACCCAGGAGGCCGCUCUCAAGGAGAUGGACGGAGUUGUCGAAGUUGCCUACUUCUUUCAGCUGGUCAAGAAGGACAACCCGCACCUGGAGCCGAUGAUACAAGCACUGCCGAAGGUGGCGUGCGCAAUGAAGUCCACCCGCUUCGGGCCGCUACCGCUGUCUGAGCUGGUGCCGAGUUUUCCCACGGACUACCUCCUGUACAUGGGCUCGCUACUCACCGGCAAGUGUGCGCACGCACUCACCUGGAUCGUCCGCUACCAGCCCCUCUCCAUCUCCAAGCGACAGUUGGAGGCUCUGCGCAGUGUGUACGGCCUGGACGGGAAUCCGCUGCUGCGUAACUGGCGGAAGGCACACCCUCCCAUGGGCCGCACUGUACUGCACGUCGUCCCUCCUGGCACCAAGAAAUCCGUCAAAGGCGACCAAUUCAGCUCGCUAAAUUUAAUGAACGAGGGACGCUGGAUUGCAGUGUGCGAUGAGUUGGAAAAUGAGUCAGACUGGGACCACGUCUGA